CUUGUUUGUUUUUCACUUUCUCUAGUUCUAUAUAUAGGACGUGCAUUACAGGCUCAGAAACCAUCCCCAUUCUUCUCCUCUCUGAAAACAAUUUCAUCUCCUCACAUUCUCUUCUUCUUGGCUUCUGAAGCUUCAAAGCUCCUUGCUUUACGCUCUACAGCAUGGGAAGUACUGGUGGAACUGACUACGGUGCAUACACCUAUGAGAACCUUGAGAGAGAACCUUACUGGCCAUCAGAAAAGCUCCGUAUUUCCAUUACUGGUGCAGGUGGCUUUAUUGCCUCCCAUAUUGCCCGGCGUUUGAAGAGUGAGGGCCAUUACAUUAUUGCUUCUGAUUGGAAGAAGAAUGAGCACAUGACCGAAGAUAUGUUUUGCCAUGAAUUCCAUCUUGUUGACCUCAGGGUGAUGGAUAAUUGCUUGAAAGUUACUAAAGAUGUUGACCAUGUCUUCAACCUUGCUGCUGAUAUGGGUGGGAUGGGCUUCAUUCAGUCCAACCACUCUGUCAUCAUGUAUAACAAUACAAUGAUCAGCUUCAACAUGCUUGAAGCUGCUAGGAUCAGCGGUGUUAAAAGGUUUUUCUAUGCCUCCAGUGCUUGUAUUUACCCAGAGUUUAAGCAGCUGGAAACUAAUGUGAGCUUGAAGGAGUCCGAUGCCUGGCCUGCUGAGCCUCAAGAUGCUUAUGGCUUAGAGAAGCUUGCAACAGAGGAAUUAUGCAAGCACUAUACUAAAGAUUUUGGAAUUGAGUGUCGUGUUGGAAGGUUCCAUAACAUUUAUGGUCCUUUUGGAACAUGGAAGGGUGGCAGAGAGAAAGCUCCUGCUGCUUUUUGCAGAAAGGCUAUAACCUCCACUGAUAAGUUUGAGAUGUGGGGUGAUGGACUUCAGACCCGGUCCUUUACCUUCAUUGAUGAAUGUGUAGAAGGUGUCCUUCGGGUGACAAAGUCCGACUUCCGUGAACCUGUCAACAUUGGAAGUGAUGAGAUGGUUAGCAUGAAUGAAAUGGCUGAAAUUGUUCUUAGCUUUGACGACAAGAAGCUUCCCAUCCACCACAUUCCAGGCCCAGAAGGUGUACGUGGUCGUAACUCAGACAACACACUCAUCAAAGAGAAACUUGGUUGGGCACCUACCAUGAGAUUGAAGGAUGGGCUGAGAAUUACAUACUUCUGGAUCAAGGAGCAGAUUGAGAAAGAGAAAGCACAAGGUAUCGACCUGUCAAUUUAUGGGUCAUCUAAGGUGGUGGGAACCCAAGCCCCAGUUCAACUUGGCUCACUGCGUGCUGCUGAUGGCAAAGAAUGAAGUGGUUGGUUCAAGUGGUUGCUUUUGAAAUAUCCAAAUAUAGUGAUAUUGAGUUAUAAAAGUGCGUUUCUGAGAAGGAACUUAUGGUUAUGGACAAUAAAUAGAUUAAGCAGCUGCUUUUUUGGUGUCCUGUUUGUUGUAAUAUGUUAAAUGUGUAAUGAGGGAAGCUUUUAUGCCCCCACUGUUUUUAGUCCUGCUUGUUGCUGCCCUAGGAUGCUCGACAGCAUUCUUGUACCCUUUAAGUCAUAUUUUCUUUCCUCUCGAAAAGCACUGUUCAAAUUGUUGAAUUAUC